CCAGCGUUAGCGGAAAGAGCUUCCCCACCGAUACUCUUUAUCUCUUGACCAUAACGGUAGAUCGUCACCAAACAAUCGACAAUACAUGAACUGCGCGCGUGCUUCUAGGGCCCAAUUGCUUGCGGUCCCUCGACACCUCUGCUUGUUAUUGCAUCCAUAAUACCCCGAUGCACAUAUCAUAGUACAUUUACUCACCACUCCACCGCCAUAUUGUUUCCCGCCACAAACAGACCCGCGUGCGACGCGUCGAGAACACACCUCCAAACAUGGAGUCAAAAGCCAGCCGCUACCAGUCGCGCAUUCUUAGGGAGAUGCAUCAGAAUAAGGAGAAUCCCUUCAAUUCCCCUCCCUCAUCCACCGGUUCCCACGGGACCGUCACCCUCACCUCCGAUCUCUCCUACGGCCCCGAGGGCGAGUCAACCCGCCGCAUGGAGGACUCCUCCAUCAUGCUGCCCGGUCUUUCCAACAGGCAGCAAACGGAUGCCCCCCCGGACACCCCUUUCAGGGUCAACACAUCAGCCAUAGCGCGUGACUUUCCCGAGUGGAAACGCUGGGAGGACCAUGACCACACUGACGACCUUUACAACGUCACGGGCGACUACGAGAAGCAGCAGAGAAAGGAGAAUAUUCCACCUUCGUCUUCCACAGUAAACUCGCCCAGCCAGAUUGAGGCUCGAAAAGCAAGCGGCACAUACGGAACGCGUGCCCACAUGCAAGCUCGCGUCGAAGAUGAGUCCGAUUGCUCUGGGGACCUGCAACGCCACAAGAGGCCUGGCAGUGCCAACAAGAAAAGCGCCUCGUGGAAACCGGAGCGCGGAAAUGUCACGCAGCUCAUCAGCACCCUCAAGGCUGCCCAAGCCGUCCAAGAAUCGACACCCAAGAAGUCGUCACCAAGGGCCCCAACCUCGGACCGAAGAUCAAGCGCAAACCGACAUUCGCGCAUUAGCAAUAUCCAGCUCGCCCACACCGAGCCAAAUCAAACCGCCCGUUCCUUCUUCCUCCCGAACCUGGAGUACAUCAACGAUUUCGUCUCAGGUGUUCUGAGGCUGUCUUCGGUCAAGAAUGGCAUUCCCGUCUUUGUGAGACAUGGCAAAGUCUUCGACCAAGGCUCCAAGCCCUCCCCGGAACAUCACGCUGAAGUGGACGCUGUCGAAAUCCCACGCGACGAGCAGGAGAUCUUCGUGUCACUGGACAAGAUUCGCGAAGAAAUACAGACCCUACAGGCUCACGACGACCAAGUCUCCAAACAGGCCGAGCUGCUGCAGGACGAAAUGUACGAGCUUCAAGUUCAGCUGUCCAGUUACAAGUCUCGGAAGGAUAGUGCCAUGGGCUCCGAUUCUGAUAGCUCUGUUGUUCAAUUUUUCAGCAAAGAGAAGGCACAGUUGGAAGAGAAAAUGGCAACGCUGCAAGCCAAGCUCGACAAGGCAAACCGCAAGAUCAGUAUCAAUGAGAUCCACACCGAGACCUAUGUCAACGAGCGUGACGAGGCCCUGAAGAGUGCCAGCGCCCAGGCGGAGAAGAUUAGUCGUCUUCAGGCGCAACUCGAUACGACUCGCAAUGAGCUCGACGUGGCUCGUAGCGGCGGCACUCUGAAAAACACUCUGACCAAUGGUGAGAUUCACUCGCUGCGCGACGACAACAUUGCCCUCCGAUCACAGUACAAGUCUUUGCUGGAAGAGAACCAGUCUUUGCGCUCCCACAAUGCUAGCGUCACUCAACAGAACACGGAGCUCCAACUUGAAUCCAAAAGGCUCCAGCGCUCGUUGGAUACGGCCCAGGAAGACCGUGACCUGCUACGCAAGGAGCUGGAUAACGUCACAGAACAGCAUCGCGGACUUGAAGUGGACCAAAUGGGUCUCGAACGCCACAACGAAAAGUACUACACGGAGAACAAGUCUCUUCAACAAAAGAUUUCUCUGCUUGAGCGACGCAUCCAUGACCUGCAGGAAAACAAUGCUCAGCUGCACCAGAUGCUCGAUGUAGCUAACGCCGAGACCGGCACUAUGACCUUUGAUAUCAAGGACAUCAAGAAUCGACUUGAGAAGAAAAUUGUCAGUCUGUCGGAUGAGAACACCCAACUUCAGCAGAAAAUCAUAGAUCUUCAAGAGGAAUUCGCUUCUAAGCAGGUUAUUUUUGAGCAAGAGAAGCGCCGUGUUUCGGCCGAUAAUGACCGAUUGCACAAUAAGCUUGAUAGAAUGAGUCAAUCAUUUGAACGUGUUCUUCAGGAAAGCAGGAGGGAGUUCGAGGAGCAACGAGAUUCCUUGACACAGCAACUUGACGAGGUAGCCAACCGAGAAGCCGCACUAGCGACGCGACUGAGGGAGACCACCGAAAAGGAGGAAACAACCUUACAACAGCAUAUCCAGCGCAGAAACGAAGCAGUCGAAGAGGCACAUCGGAUUUCCAGGGAAAUUCAGUUACUUCAGUCGACUGCCGGGAAGACCAAACCCGCCAAAGUGACGCGCAUAGUUGAGCCUACCACGACGAGGAGCAGGUCGACCUUGAGCGAGGUUUCUGCUAAGAGCACCACCGAGCAUAUGGACACUCAGGAACGGGAUGACUUGACACAAGAGCUUGACUUCACGCAAGGAUCCGACAUCGAUGUCCUACCACGGGGAGAGAUGGACAGGCUGCGCGAGGCACUCCGCCAAGCCAAGUCUGACAACCAGCAAAAUGCCACAGAAGAGUAUCUCGAACGUGAGAACGAAGUUGGUAGUGUAGAAGAUGCCAGCCAGAGCCUUCCUCCUUUCCUACCUCAAGCGCAACGUGGGACCUCUGGCAAAGUCACAUCCCCAGCUGGCAAGCGACAACCCUCUGGUAUUCUGAAGAAGGCGCAAGCGCCAAGACGUAAUGGUUCCCAGGAUCUCACAGGUCGAUUUAGUGUCAAGUCUGCCAUCAGUGGAAUGAGUCUACCCAGUCAGGCUACCAGGUCUGAUAUUUCCGUCAGUCGCCGUCAUUCAGACAGCGAGCGAUUUGAACUCGAUGUUGAGGAGAACAUGACAUCGGCCUUGUUUAUAGAUGACAUUACCCUCGAGUCUCGCAAGCGUGCUGCCAGAAGAGGGGAACAGAAGGAAGCUGUCAAGUUUGCAACCGAGACCCAAACCACCGGGGUGCCCCGGAAACCCAUCGCCGUACUGUCUUCGGAAGCCAGGCGCGUCCUCGACGGCUUAUGUAAUGACCACGACUGCAGUAACUGCAUCAUGUGCGUCCGCAUCAACGCACACAGCCAUGAUGUAGAGGGCGGUCGGGACAUGGGCAAGAAGGUUAUUACAAUCACGAGACCAGUCCCAGUCACUGAUCGCAUAACAAACCCCGUUUCAGCCGACGCGGACAUCACCCUGCGCCCAGCGCAAGAGCCAGGUCUUGCACUCGCCACGGUGCUCAAGGGCCUCAAUGACGAUCUUGCUCACUUGGAGGUAAAAAUCUCGAGGAAGAAUAAGCAGCUGGGUGGUCUAGAUCCUUCAUUUGCUAGACGCCAACGGAAGCAAGUGAACGGCCAGCUUCAGCGUUUGAUGCGGGAGCGAGAGGUGAAGCAAGACCAAAUUUACAGAAUAUAUGAUGUGAUUGAGGGCCAGAAGCAGGCAGGCCAGCAGAUGUCCCAAGCCGAGGUUGACAUCACAGUCUCCAGCAUCACCAACAUGAUGGGAGACGAUACGUGGGAUGGCAUCUCGGACGACGAUUACUAAAGCCUUUGGAGAACUGGAAAACCACGUAAGGUGCGCCUUUUUCGCGAAAUAUCAUGAUGGACAGGAGUUUGUUGUUUCACUGCGUUGCUUGUGGUAUAAAGGGGGGUUUCUGCGGUCAGCGUCGCUUCGGUUGCAAAA